UGUGCCGCCUUUUGUAUUUGUUCACACCGCAAAGGAGAUUUGAUUGAAUUAAGCAGAUAACUUAUACUAUAAAAUGCGCAAAUUUACAGCAUUUGCGUGCGGCACAGGUGCCGGCUUGACAGCCUACUAUUUCCAGAAGCUGCGCGAUCCACAGUUUGCCGUGCACAACUCCUGGACGAACAGUGAGACGCCGGUGCGGGAAUGCGCACAGUGGGACAGCAACUGGGACUUUCGUAAUCCAAAGAGUCUGGUAAAGCCACAGAAGAACGACCUGCCGCAGGAACAGAAUCGCUAUAAUAGCGAACUGGAGAAAUCGUCGCCGAAAUAUGCACGGCACAUCAUACUCAUCCGACAUGGCGAAUACUUGGACAUGGGCAGCAGCGAUGAGACGCAUCAUCUCACGGAUCGGGGUCGCCUGCAGGCCAAGUAUACUGGAAAGCGAUUGCAUGAGCUGGGCAUCAAGUGGGACAAGGUGAUUGCCUCGAAUAUGGUGCGUGCCCAGGAGACCGCUGACAUUAUCCUCAAUGAGAUUACCUACGACCGGGCCAAGGUGAAGAGCUGUUCCUUUCUGCGCGAAGGUGCACCGAUACCACCACAGCCACCAGUUGGUCACUGGAAGCCCGAAGCCUCGCAGUUUUAUCGUGAUGGUGCCCGGAUUGAGGCUGCCUUCCGUCGCUACUUCCAUCGUGCCUAUCCGGAUCAGGAGAAGGAGAGCUAUACGCUCAUUGUCGGACAUGGCAAUGUUAUACGCUACUUUGUCUGCCGUGCCUUACAGUUUCCGGCCGAGGCUUGGCUGCGCAUCAACAUCAAUCAUGCCUCUAUCACGUGGUUGACCAUCAGUCCAUCCGGCAAUGUGUCCAUCAAGUAUCUCGGCGACACCGGCUUCAUGCCAGCCAAACAUUUAACCAAUCGCAUACCACGUGAUGCCAAGAACGUUGUCUAGUUCUAAUCUCAACACUCUUUAUAUUUAUACAUACACUCUUUUUUAUUUUGUCAAUUUCUUCAGAAGAUUAAGCAAAAGUCUAACAAAGUUGUCCUCCUUAAAGUCUAGUAUUUUUCUAACUCAAACAUUGUACGAAAAUAAAUGCAAAUGCAACUCAAAA